CACAUCUCUGCCUGAUCAUUUCAGCAUCUUAAAAACCAAGGAUUAAAAAAAUAUGAAACUCAACUUGGUAAACAUCUCCUUUUUCUCUGCAGAGAAGAUCAAGACUGAAGAAUUUUGAAAAACAUUUUCUUUAUUAUCAAAUAAUUUCUGUUAAUAUUAUCACAAAAAACCAGCUGCAACCAUUUCACCACCGGCAGCCAUGUACAGCUCCAGCUGCUCCCGGGUCAAGCUCGGCCCAGAGGCCCGGCAGCCGCUGUACAGGAACAAAGGAAAGAGCUGCGGCUACUACAUGAGGAUCAUUUUCUUCUUUUCAUCCCUCAUCCAGUCGCUCAUCAUCGUCAGCCUGGUGCUCCUGCUCAUCUAUGGACAGCCAGAAAAGUCUGCAGAGGAGGAGCGGGUCAAGAAACUGGACCUGGAAUUUACCAAGCUGAGCACAGACAACAUGAAACUGACAAAGGAGAAAGUUGAGCUUGGAAAAAAGCUUGCAACUUGUGUGGUUGAGAAAACGGCUCUGCAGAAAGAGCUAGCGAAGCAGCAAGCUGAGGCCAACUUCACAAAAUCCAGAUUCAACCUUCAGAAAAGCAUCACUCCUAUGCGCUGUCCUCCCUGUCUUCCACCAGCUACACAUAUCAAUAAAGCAAAGUGUCAGGAACACAUCCACAACGCGACAGCAUUUGUUACAUCAAACGUUCAGAAUUUGUUGUCCGAGAAGGACAACGCCAUCAGAGAUCGAGACAACGCCAUCAGAGAUCGAGACAACGCCAUCAGAGAUCGAGACGGCCUUCUCAUGGAGGUCAGGAAACGGCAUGAAGCCACGAGUCUCCAGGAGGAGAAACUCACCACCUACAGAAGGAAGUGCAAAGAAGACUUUGUUCAAUCUCUGAGUGGGAUCCAGACAGUGACCACCAAGUUUUUGAAUAAGAUCGACAACCUGUUCCCUCACUCGCUGACGUUCCACCUCACCUGCAAGAGCCAGAAAGAACAGCUGGAGACGAUAAAAAGCAACUGCACCAACUUGUCCAGGGAUGUGGAGAACAAGUUCCAGCCGUAUCUGGACCAUGUGGGCGAGAAGAUGACUGAGAUUCAAUUGCGGUCCAGUGAGCUUGAGGUGCAAAACUCGGAUCUGACCUCCAAACUGCAGCAGUGUGAAGACAAAUACAAGACGGCGGUCGCUAAAGCUACCUCGGAUUUAAACGAGCAGCAAAAGCUUUGUGAUCUUCAGUUAACGACAUUACUGAAAGAUAAAAUGGUGCAGGAGCAACAACUGACCCAGAAAGACACAGAGAUUCAGACCCUGCGUCAAAUGCUGCCCAGCAAGCUUGUCCCACCAAACACUGCUUUCCUGCAGCCUGUGCCUCAGCAGGGGAGGUAGGCUGCGACCCACACGUCUGGCGCUGACAGCUGCAGCAGAGUUCCCCCUCCGGAAACUCACCACCUUGAGUCAAACCUUGAGUCAAUCUUUUCCUGUUUUCAUUUUGCUUGAGAGGGAGAGAUAAAAGUGACUGGUCAUUUUGCUUCAUUAAUCCUCUAACAAGCAGGAGUUUGUGUGAAGCUGCUCAUAAUUAAACUUGUUUUACUGCAUAUUGUAAUUAAUCUCAAUUUUCAGAAGCUACAAACAGAGUUGCUGCUCAUUGUUUACAGUAAAACUGGAGUUAAGACAAUAAUAUUGGAAAUCAAAAGUCUAUAUUUUUUCUGCUCUUGCAUGUGUCGUCAUUCGUUCAACAUGUGUUAAUAAAUGUUUUUUAAAUAUUUUUCAGGUUGGUUGAUAUGAGUUGUGAAUCCAUCUAUUACCUGUAGCAUCAAUUGCUUAAGCACAGAAAACUCACCACAACUUCGACUGUGAACUUUCAACGUGUUUAUGUUGCUAUUGUUAAGCAAUUCGACAAAACCUGUAGAUAUCAUUAGCAUAACAAAAUUACACCUUUCUACAUUUUCAGUACUUUACAGAACACACUAAACACAAUCUGAUCUUAAAUUAUUUUAGUCUAACCUUAAAUGUGGAUGAAAGUGAAACAAUUUUCUGGUUAAACGGAAGCAAGCAGAAAUGUUAUUCCCUGAGAUGUAAGACUGAGUUAGCACCAAGCUACUGCUAAUUAAAAGAGCAGUAUUGUGUAUUUUUCAUUUCAGAGCAGAAUCAAUCAAUCUUCAGUCGUUUCAAAAAGGUAUACAUAUAUCAAAAUAUCUUAAAAGAAAUUUGACUUUGCAAUUCAACACUUUGAAAUCAGGCCUCUGUCUCUUUAAGAGCAGACCUCUUUCCGACUUCGCCUUCUACAUCGUUUCAACCGUUUUCAAGAGCUUUGCAAUGAGAAAUAGUUUUAAAAUGAGUUUAGCUGACUCACAGUUUCAACAAGUGUUAGCUAAUUGGUGGUGCUGCUGCUAGUCUGAAGGAGCAGUGUGAGGGAGGCGCUAAUCCUUUCGAUGGGGGAAUAAUAAAACUACAUUUUACAUAAAAGUAACUGAUUAAUUCAUCAUCAGUAAGAGGGAUUAGUUUUUCAAAGACAGGAUGUCAGCCAAGUUCCUGGUCCAGCUUGUAAACAUGAUGUAAAAAACCCAGAGGGAUACAGGUGUAAAUAUUUUACUUGUGCUUCGCUCACAAACUAAAUAUGGACUUUGACUGACUCCAAAGCAGGUUUGCCCUCUUAUUGUCUCAGCGAUCGUAAAACUGCAACAAAGACUCGAGACGAGGACACGUAGAGUCGCUAUUUUGUCUGCUGCGAGCUAAAAUAGCAACAUUUAUGUUUCCUUGUGAUUCAUGAGCAGUUUGCACAAAAACACAUCAUCAAGACUGGAGGUUGCGGCUCUAUUUCAAGUUUUGUGUUUAUGGCAAGCUUCAAAAUAGGUCAAAUCUAUUAGCUGUCUGUUUUAUGGCUUAUAGUUUUUGUAACUAUUAUAGGAACUGUUCUUUAGCUUUACAGCUUCCCUUUCCUCCUAGAAGUUAGUAGCACAAAGGUUUCUGUUGCUGGAAAUAGAUGCUGGUCCCUUUUUAACGAUUAUUAGAGGUCCAUUUUGGUACAUAUGAAAAGGAAAAGAGAAAAAACUGAAACAUUGUAAACAGAAAAUUUACUCAUCAAGUUCAGGAUCAGGUUGAAUUGUCCUUAAACUUUGUGUAAAUAUUGUACAGAUUAUUCAUGCUGUGAUUAAAAUUAUACAUUUAUUUUUCUUAAACUACAUUUUCCUGCUUUAUUAUAGUAAUUUUACAUUAAAAUGUUUUUCUUUUACUAACAUAUCUAUGCAAAUAUAAACCUUUUGCUUAACUUUGAGGCACCUAUAAUAAUCUGACUUCAAUUUAUCUUUGAAAUGUAUGAUUUGUUUUUAACUUUGAGUUUAACCAACCCGAUUGCUCUGAAAUAUGUGAAUAAAUUGUGUUAUUAUAUUACACAUGGUUUGUUGAAGUUAAAUAAGCUUGUUGCAUCAGAAGUGAAAGUUUUUCUUCUGUCACCAAAUAAUAAAGCUACAAAUUAAUCUGUUUCUGAGUAAAGGAAAAUAAACCACUGAUGUUAAGAGCUGUAAAUAAAAACUAUUUUGACUUGAA